CAGCAGCCAGAGCCACGGCCCGCUGCCUCCGCCGCGAUGGAUGCCGCCACUGCGGGCAACAAGGAGCGGGAGGCUGUGCAACUCCUGGCCGAGGCCGAGAAGAGGGUGAAGUCCUCCCAUUCCUUCCUCAGAGGGCUCUUCGGAGGAAAUACAAAGUUGGAAGAAGCAUGUGAAAUGUACACCAGAGCUGCAAAUAUGUUUAAAAUAGCCAAAAACUGGAGUGCUGCAGGAAAUGCAUUUUGCCAGGCAGCCAAGCUCCACAUGCAGUUGACGAGUAAACACGAUUCGGCGACCUGUUUUGUGGAUGCAGGAAAUGCUUACAAAAAGGCAGAUCCGCAAG